AUGUUACUAAACUACAUAAAAAACUUCUAGGAAGGAUGUGUUAAACUUCCAGCGGUAAUUGGUCUCCAUACCAUUUUCUUUGAUUCUGUCUGAACAUUCUUUGUGGGGGAACUAGGCUUUGCAGUCUAUAGGCAUGAGGCUUUGCAGUUCAGUUGUGUCCCAGACAAGAGAGAAAGAAAUCUCUUCUGUUACCAUCGGCUUAGGCCAAUCCCUCCGCAAGUUUUCUGGGCAUUCCACCUGGUGAUUGUUCUAGUUCCUGGAACUAUUUUCCAUCUUAUUCCAUAAGCUGCAUGUAAAAGCAUUGAUCAAGGAUGUAUUUUUCAAAAACCCAUCUACACCAUAAUUUACAUCCUCGCUGUUUUAUUGAGAAUUAGUCUACAGGUUAUAGCAUUUUGACUUCAGACUAUCCUUGUUGAUUUCCAAGUAAAAUCUUUCCCUGUGGAUGAUCUUAGGGGGAAAAAAUUGACUACUAGAAAAUGUAUGGUUCUAGAACACUUGGAAAAGACCAUUUUUCUCAUUGCAGUGUAUACAUGUACUAUAAUUAAAAUGGUAUUAUGUGCUGCUGAGAUUUUUGAGAUCAUAUUUAGAGGACUAUGCUUUCCAUGUAGGUAA